AAACAACCUCGAAGCGUAUAUUUCGUAGCUCUGAAAUACGUGAAAACUAUGUUCAAACUGUCUUAUUUAUAGUAUUAAAUAGUCAAAAGUUAUAUAAAAAUGUCCCACACACAACUGCUUACCGCCUCCACCCGGCUAUGUUGGUUAAAUAGCAUGAAAUACGAGUGUAAAUAUUUACGUAAUGCAACCAAAGUUUUAGCUAGAUAUAAAGGCACAAAUGCCGCUAAAAAGAAGACUGCGAGCUCUGUGUACCGCACUAUGAACGUAUUUGACAGACAGGUGAAGAUUCUGCAGCGGGAGCGGUCGGCACAGAAGGAAGAUUACCAUUUAGCGGAGUAUAUCAAAGAGGAGGUUGGAUGGCGUACGGCGGACAGAAUAUUAGAUAUUAAGAGGCUAUUUAAAAAUGCCGUAGAGCUUGGAGCAGGCCGCGGCUACGUGUCCAGACAUCUCCUGCCCGACUCAGUAGAGAGAGUCACACUCUGCGACACAUCGCAGACUCAUCUGGAUAAAGCCAUCAUUGGCGACGGGGUGCAGUUUGAGAAACGGGUUAUGGAUGAAGAGAACAUUGAUCUGCCUGAAGAGAGUGUGGACCUGGUUGUGUCAUCGCUGUGCCUCCACUGGGUCAAUGACCUCCCUGGCACCUUUGACAAAAUCAUGAACAUCCUGAAACCAGAUGGCGCAUUUAUCGCUUCGCUAUUCGGCGGUGACACACUAAUGGAACUCCGGCAGUCCCUCCAACUAGCCGACACAGAGAGAUUAGGGGGCAUGGCCCCACACAUCUCCCCUUUUGUACGGGUGAGGGACAUAGGCGGGCUUUUGAACGCGUAACGGCUACACCUACAAACUGUCGAUGUGGACACAAUCACAUUGUGGUACCCGAGCGCGUGGCAUGUGAUGAACGACCUGCGCACACUGGGCGAAGCAAACGCCGCGUUCAAUCGCCCGCUGCGUUUGAGCCGCGACGUGCAGUUUGCCGCCGCCGCGAUUUACGAUGAGAUGUAUGGAAAGGACGUUCCCGAGCGCAAAUCCCGCGGGGUCCCAGUGACCUUCGAGAUCGUGAACCUCCUCGGCUGGAAGCCCUCCCCCUCGCAGCCGCAGCCCCUCCCCCGCGGCUCCGGGCAGCUGUCCCUCAAGGACCUGCACAGGAUUGACGAGAUCGUCCAGGAUGUGAAGACUGUGCACCUCACGGAGGAUGAUAAGAAAUAAAUGUUUACUGUUUA